AUGAGGUUGAAAGGUUCAAGCUGUUCCUCCAAUCUGCUGAUGGUUGCUCGUCCCACUACCAAUCUCUUAAUCGAUGGUCAACAGGCCCAAAUUAAAACUGCAGCUGGCGGUAGCGAUCGCAAAAACUUAUGGUUCGAAGGUGGAAAUCGAUGGUACGGGAUAGAAUUCUCUUUGAAGCCAUUGGAGGACUUCCCCCCAGGAAAGCCUACUGAAGAGUUCGAACUCUGUGUAUGUCUGGGGAUUUCUCUAGGAUGUCUGGAUCGACUGAGAAAUUGGCCACUCUCCGAGUCAGAGAAACAGUUGAAGUCUCUUAUAAUCCCGAAGGAGAAUGGUAUUCAGUCGCCGGUAUCUAAGCCUACCGGCACCAGAUCAAGGUCUCAUUCGGAAUGUGCGGAAAACGAACCAACUGAGGAAAACGCCGUCACCGGUUCUCAAUUGCAUACAGAAACUUCCAGUACCAACGAGCAAUCCGAAAACAUUAGUAGCCAACCUAAGCACAAGGUGCUAAAUUCGGGAGAAAUCGGUCCGGCUGAUGAAGCUACUUCAACCUGGGUAGCUGAAAAUAAGCAUCUUAAGCAGAUGAACGAACUCCAACGGCAAGGCAAGUGGUUUAUUCUCUGUCUUCUGCUUCUGGCCGAGAGAUGGCAUGGUUUGAACCGUAACAUUGAACCUGAAGUCAAAGCGGGCCUUCAUGUUCAGAAGAAACGUCCCCUAUCAAUGCUAGAGAUGAUUGUUGAACAUGAGGAGAAGAAGAAACAGAAGAAAGAAUCUGCGAAGGCGAAGAAAACAGUACGGUUUGGUGAUCAGCGGGAGGAAGCCUUGUCGGCUACCGGGAUGCCUUCGGAAAUUCCUAGCGACAAGAUCUCUUCUUCAGCCGGAGAUUCGACCUUCGAUACCUUGAGCAGGAUUAUCCGCCUCAAUGAGCUCCUACGUUCCUCAAGUUCGGAGCCACCACCUAGCAUCCAGACUGACUUACUGACUCUAGAAGCGAUCAGAGAAGCCGCCGUGGGCCUGUUGACGACCUUGCGACAUUCGCUACAAGAAACAAGUCGGAUGGUGUUUGGGAAACAGAGAGUAACUGACUCCUCAAUCCCUCGGGCUACUCAUUUGAUCGCCCGGUCAAUCAGCUCGGCACUCGCCCCUCUCUUUCUUCCAGAACAUCCCACAAUCCCAAACUCGAGUAAGGCUGAGCUCGAGUCACUUUUUGAAGAAAUAAUGUCAACUGUGACACGUUGCUGUCAGCGUUUAGAGGAGUACUUUUGGGACGAUCGUCGGUCGAAAACAACGGUCACAAGCUUCGAGGUGGAUAACAUGAUGGUCCUACGGGAAGAGCUGAGCAAAUUGGCGCAAAACAUCAUCAGACAAUCUUCUGGUUGGACGGGCGAUUUCCAAUUCCACAUGAUCAAGACUUUGCUCGGCAAGAUGGAGAGCAUCUACUUCACCGACACCACCAGCUCCGGCCACAAAGUUUGUGAUUUGGAAGCGCUCGCCAUCCUGGCCGAACUCCUGGAGACUGUCUCCAAAAAUCUGGCUCAGUCGACCAUGGCUGAAAUCAACUUGGUCGAGAUCCGCGCAAUCAUCGCGAAGAUUGUCUGCAACCACCAGUUCGGAAUCGGGCUCUCUCAUUCUCCAAUGAUGGAUAGAAAAUUUGAUCGUGUUUUGAUGCGGUUCUGGGUGUUGUAAUUCUUUCUCCAGAUUUUUAUUCUCAUUCCAAGAUUACCUGUGCCAUGAUUCAAAUUAUACAUGUAUCUCUUCAUAUGUCUAUAUUGCUG